CUCCCCCUGCUGGCCAUGUUUCUCCCUCCUCCUCUCCCCUCCGCUUAGGAAGAGCUCCAGGAUCUAUAAAAAGCUUCAGAAGACGGACGAGAAGGCUAACAGAGAGUGGCUCCUCGAGGAGGCGAGGGCCAUCGUGAAGCAACAGCUGUGUGUCCCCAGCAGAUCCCAGAAUAGGAAGAAGCAGGGCGUGGUCCCGUUUCUCGGAUUAUUUCUGCGUGAUGUGCCCGUAGACCAACUCCCGGAAUAUAAUGAGGACGGUGAUGGGAUGAGAGAGAGACAGUUGAAUGCCAAGUCACAGAAGGUCACUACCCUCCGACUGGAGAUCAUGCUCCAUAAGCGCUUGGCUGGGCUGUACGACCUGGAGCCCGAGGAGCGCUUCGUGUCCUUUUUCCAGGCCGUGGAGCCCCUGGAUGAGGAGGAGAGCUACAGCCUGUCCUGCCAGCUGGAGCCCCCAGGCCAGGAGGCCCGCAGAAAGGGAGUGUUACCGGCCUCCGGGUGGUGCAAUAUGUUAACUUACUGGCCAGGGCCAGCUGCUGUCAUCGGGCCCUCGGCCCUGCUCGUGUCCUGGCUGCAUGCAGAGGAGAGCUUCUUCUCCUUUGGGCCGGCGGCACCUGGUGCCCCAGGACCCUAGUCUGCUUGCUGCCCCUCUUCCUCCCGCUGCUCAUCCUGAGCCUCUGCUGCGGCAGGUGCUCUGGCACCUCCUCCGUCGGCAGACUCGAGCAGCUCCCCAGACUACCUCUGCAUCCUCAAGGACCCGUAUGUAUGUAGCUGCGGCCAAUCUGGCCGCUUUCCUGCUGUGUCGUCCUCCUGCUCGUUACCCGCUGGACAGAGGCGAGCCGCCCCACCGUGUGGAGGAUGUUCCCCUUUGUGCAGGUGGCCUCCCGCCAUGACGCCAACUCCUGCCUGGGCACCGUCAGCCACCGAGUCAUAGCCACAGGGUUGCAGGAAGAGCUGGGGGCCGUCCUCCCCAGGCCUGGCCUUUCCCGGGAUGGACAUGGACACGGCACAGGGCUGCAUGGGACCGUGGCCCCCUGGGUGCCCAGCAGAGGCAUCUGAGAACGCAGGGGUGGCCACAGGGGUGGC